AUGCCUCGCAUAAGAGCCCCUUCCAACCUUCCUGACCUCGUCAAGUCGACUUUUACAAGGGCCAGGUCAGAUGGUGACUUGCACUACUUCCCCACCCAAGUCGCUGUACUCAAUGUCGACUCUAUCCCAUUCCAACUACGCUUCUCCCCUUCUCUGGCCAACAAACCCAAGCCGCCGCCGAAAGACAACUCCAAGCCCCAGAAGCCUUUUGAUCCCUUUGAGAACCCCCUGCCCGCCCUCAAAGUCACAGAUCUUGGCCCCUCUCACUACUGUGUCUUGAACAAGUUCGCUGUUGUACCCGAGCACUUCAUCCUUGCUACCAAUGACUUCAAGCCUCAGACUCAUGUGCUUGAAGAGUCUGAUCUAGAAGCUACGCUGGCUUGCAUUGAGGCAUAUGAAACUACCAGAGGACCUGAGACCGAGCAGGGGCACCAAGAUGGAGCAUUGGGCGGCAGAGACGGCCUUUACGCUUUCUUCAACUGCGGCGAUCACUCUGGUGCUAGCCAACCUCAUCGACACAUUCAGCUACUACCAAUUGCAAGAAUGAAGGAUGGGCUCAGAAACGACACCCCCUGGACUGUUUUAGCCGACGAGCUCAAGAUCAAAACUGCCCCUUUUGCCACUUUCACAGAAGACAUCAAUCUCAACAUGUCUGGCACCGAACUUCACGCUAUCUACCUCCGACUCUACCGCAGAGCUUGUCGAGCCGUCACUUCUUACACCAAAGAUGCCGCCCACGAGGGUCAAGCGCCCGCUGAUGGACCUACGCUGAUCAGCUACAACAUGGCCAUGACCAAGUCCACACUUGUCAUAUGUCCUCGACUAGCUGAAGGAGUCAAGCUACGGAGUCAGGAUGGCAAUGUCUUGGGCACAGUGGCUUUCAAUGGGACACUACUUGCUGGUACGGCCUUGGUCAAGAACGAGUUGGAAUGGGAGAUGUUGAAGAAGGACCCUGAUGUGCUGCACAAUAUACUUGGAGACAUCGGCGUGCCUUCUACCUUUGAAGCAGAUGCCAGUAUUUAG